AUGGACGAAAAACUCAUACAAGACAUAUGCGAACAAACACCCAAUUUUGAUAUCUGUGUCUCUUCCCUUAACUCAGAUCCUAAAAGCUCCAGUGCAGAUAAUCCUGAAUUGGCCCUCAUAAUGGCCAAUGUAAUAAACAUCAAGGCGGCGAAUACUCUAAACCGCAUCAAAGAUUUGCUCCAGGAAAGUUCAGGUGACAGGGAUGCAUUGAUUUCUUGUGUUGAAAACUACAAGGCCAUUUUAGUGGUUGAUCUCCCUCAAGCCAUUAAAGCUUUAACCAAUGGUGCCUAUGAUAUUGCAGAAGAUGGCUUCUUCGAUGCUGUACUUCAAGCUAAUUUUUGUGAAGAUGGUUUCUCAUCAGGGAGUUCUCCUCUGACUGAUAUGAACAAAUAUGUUCAUGACGCAUCCGAUGAUGCUAGGGCCAUAGUGAGGCUACUAAUUUAA